AUGGAGAUAGGUAGGGGUGGUGGGUCGGAGGAGGGCCACAGGAUCGGCUUUGCACCCGGGAUCUGCUUCGUUAAAGGGUGGGCCAUCUCCCAGCUGUCCGAGGACGGCGAGGACGUGGAGGGCGUCGUGGUGGGCCCUCAGUACCUCCUCCUGGCGCGUCGCGUGGCCGACGCGCGCUCCGGGCUGGACGUCGCAGACGGGCUUGCGGGGUUCGGCGCCGAGCUGGCGGGCGUGCUGGGCACCCGCACCGCUCACCAGACGGAAGCCAAGGCGCAGCUGGUGGUCUCCGUCUCACGGCGGGGGGCCUGGGUCCGGGACCGUGGCGCGGCGCGAGUCGACGACCUCCUGCCCCCGGACGUCGCCGCGGCGGGGGCCAGGCCCACGCAGACCCCGGAUGGCGCCGACGACGUUCUGCCCGGCCCGCGGCUGGUGGAGGGCGCGGGUGGCAGGCCCCCAGCGGCCGCCGCUCCGCGGGACCUGCACUCCCUGGAGCAGGCGCUGCUGCUGGCGCGCGCGGCGCUGCUGCGGAAGGGCAGCGCGGGCGACGCCGUGCGUGCGGGCCAGCUGGCGGCCUACGCCGAGGCCGUUGUGGCCCAGGACCUGAGCCAGUGGGUGCUGGCGACGGCGGCGCGGCUGCAGCUCGCGCGGCUGGAGCUGGAGCGGCCCCGCACCCGCAUUCGCGGCCUGGCCUCGUUGGAGGGCGUGGAGGAGGCCGGGGGCGCGCCACGGCCCCCUGCCGCCGCGCGCCUGCGCUGCGCUUUCUUCGGCGCGCUGCCGCUGCGCACGCCGCUGCGCCGCGAGCUGGGCGAGGCGCUGGUGGCGGCGGGCGCGGUGGCCUCCGCGCUGCCAUUGUUCGAGGGCGUGGAGCUGUGGGACAGCGUGAUCGUGUGCUACCAGCUGCUGGGCAAGCGCGGCGCGGCGGAGGCGCUGGUGCGCCGCCGGCUGGAGGUGCGCCCCAGCGACCCACGCCUCUGGUGCGCUCUGGGCGACCUCAGCCUGGACCCGGGCCACUACCGCCGCGCGUGGGAGGCCAGCGGCGGGCGCAGCGCGCGCGCGCAGCGGUCGCUGGCACGCCUGGCGGCGGGCGCGGGGCGCCAUGCCGAGGCCGCGGGGCACUGGCGCGCCGCGCUCGCGCUCAGCCCGCUGCACCCCGAGGGCUGGUUCAGCCUGGGCUACGCGUGCCUGAAGGAGCGCGACCACGCGGGCGCGCGCGCGGCUUUCACUCGCGCCGCGCAGCAGCAGCCGGACAACGGCGAGGCCUGGAACAACCUGGGCGCGGCGCACAUUGCGCUGCGCGCCUGGCGCCCGGCCUUCGCCGCGCUGACCGAGGCGCUGCGCCACAAACGCGACAGCUGGCAGGCCUGGGAGAACUACGGCGCGGUGGCGGCGCGCGCGCGCGAGUGGCAGGCCGCCGCGCACGCGCUGCAGGAAGUGCUGCGCCUGUCAGACGGCGCGCGGCUGGACCUGGAGGCGCUGGAGGCGCUGGCCGCGGCCUGCGGUGCAGGCGGCGCCGAGCUCUGGGGCCUCUUCGCCAGGUACCACGAGGCCACCAGCGAGGACCCCUCCCUCGCGCUGGAGUGCAGGCUGAAGGAGGUGCGGGCGCUGCAGGGCGCCGCCUGGCAGUCGGACACGACGCGCUUCGAGCGCUUCGCGCGCGCCUCGCUGGCGCUGGGCGUCGCCCACCUCCGCGUGGCGGCCGCGGCGGCCGAGGGCGGGGGCAGGCGCGAGCUUUCGGCGGCGCGCAUGCACCUCCGAGGCGUCGUGCGCGCCGCGGAGCCCGGCUUCGGCGACCACGCUCUGCACGCUGAGCUCCGGGGGGCGUUGCAGGACGUGCAGGCCCGCCUGGACGCGCUGUGA